GUAAAUUAUUUGACUAGCUGCAGGUUCUCGAUGUUUCCCCCCUAAACAUUUUUAGAUAGUUACUGCCUUAGCUUAAUAAACAAUGUUUACUACUAGGUUAGUUACAGUACAUACAUAAGGUACCUACACACUUACACACUUAUACACUUCCACACCCGGGCACUUCCAUACACACUUACACUCACUUGUGAAAUAUAAUGAACUGAAGUGUCGGUCGUCUUCAUUCAGCCUUUAAACUUAUCUGGGUAUCCUUGCAUCACCCCGUUUAUUGCGUCUCUGGUAUCCUCUCCUUUCCGACUUUCUCUCAUCUACCGCGUUAAUUCUACAAUACGAUUCUCUUACAAUUCUCUCCCACAUACAUCACAUACAUUUCCUUUCCUCCCAUCAUUUCUUGCUCUUUUCCUUUGUUCCCCAUGUUUCUUUCACUACUUUAGUUCAUGCUAUAUGGCGGAAAUAGCAGCUCCCUUCUGCUUAAUCCUGAUGGAGGCCCGCGUCUUUCAAGGAUAAUUACGGAGAUAAGAGAAGUAAGGAACGAAUAUUUACGUAUAUUUUAUGGGCUUAAUUACCUUUCAUACGAAUAACCCGACUCCAUCUUCGAAAUGGGUUGGUUGAGUUUUCUAUCAAGAAAACCUACCGGUAACUUGAACAAUAAUCUCAAGGCACAGGCUUACGAUGAGACUGUGGCCGCCAAUCCUCCAAUCCGCGGCACCUAUCCGGUUGCUGGUAAUGGACCAAGCAUUUUAGAGAAAUUCCAGAAAUCGCACCCACGUUUGAGAAAUGGACAUUUCAAUGAUAAUUCUGCACCGCCUCCUAUAGUUCCUCGUCUACUCAACCGUCCCAAUACGGCCCCUACCCAGUCACCCGAAGGAUUAUCCCGGCCAAAAUCCCGAGUAGGAACUCCAGUAAAGUCGAUACGAGAACCACCUAAGAAACGACACGGACCCUACAAACUUCCGCCGAAGAUACCAACCGAGAGGAAUGAAUAUAUUCACAGCGUGCCAUCCCCAACUUACACCCGCCGUCGAAAUUCUUCAAUUUUUAGCGGGGAUUCGGAAUCGACACGUGGAUUCGUCGACUUACUGGAAGCUCAAUCAUUCAUCAAGCCAUAUGAUUUUUAUGGUCGCGUAAAGGCUACUGGUACUAAAGAUUACGAUGAGGACGUUGCAGAUCGCAACAUUAGCGAGAAUGGCUCCAGCCUCAACUCUCCACAGGCCAAGGAGUUCUAUAGAAGGAAUUUAGCCUCAAGCAUUUGGAGCGACGGCGAGGAGCUUGACCGACCGCGUUCGUCCAGGAAAAGACAAUCUAUGGGAUAUGGGUUGCAGACCAAGUCAAACAAUUCUAAUUUUCGAACCGCGUCACCUGCGACGUUAGCUUUGCGCGCAUAUCAAGAUGACCCAACGAACGAAACAACACUAACUGAAAAGGCUCUUCGUCGAAUGUCCUUGCAUUCGUAUGCCCCAUCUUCGUCAGAGCGACCGAGGAGUGCUUCUACGGGUAGAAGAGUCAAGGGACAAGACUCGGAAUAUUUUCCCGAGUCCCUACAAGAGUUGGCUCGCGCAGCGAUUUGGGAAGGGUUUGAAUAUGAUCCAUCUGUGGAUUUAGGCCUGAGAGGCAACCCAACGCAAUCAAGCCUGUCACAGCAAAUAUCUAUUCACAGGCAGGAUUCUGACAGUGAUCUUGCCUACCAUGCGCGCAGCGAUUUUAACCGGACUCUCAAUAACUCUCCUCAGCGCAGAACCAUGUCACAUAUAUCUUCAACCAGCAUUAAGCCACCAUUGAAGACAGGGAACCUAAGGACUCUCCAUUUGCCCUAUCGUGGCGAACUAAUUACCGAGAGUAACUUGCCAAGCACAGAAGAGGACCUAUACAGAAACAAGAAUCCUGAUUCUCCGAAGCGCCAUCGCGGACCUAUACCCGACUUCGACGGCUCAUUGUAUGAAUUGACAUCGUUGCAACCCCCAGAGCCGAUCGACCUGAAAACCAUCUUCGGUCGCUCUAGUGGCCAAGACGAAUCAAACCGUCGUUAUGGAAAUGAAAGCAUCAUAUCCGGGUCCAUGAAGAGUCUCAAACGGUCGGAAACUGAAGACGUAGUUCCGGGACGAGGCAGCAGUAUUCGCCGUUGGUCACUAACUUCCGAAACGGGAGGCUCAACACAGAGCUCGAAUCCGUUCAGGCCUCAAUCCGGUCAUACCACUAAUACUUCAGUGGAUCUUGCCCCUCGCGUACCGCUACCCAAGGCUACUGAGUUAGAAGAAACGUCUUUUUCACCUAGUGGAAAUCGCGCAGCAACGAGGAAUUAUAUGGAACUUGAUGCGCCGGAGCCCUCGUAUCAUGAUGUCGACCCUAAAUUGUUGGCAGGAUCUCUUCUCAACUCUAGUCGACGGAAGUCUUCGAUAAAUUUCGCUAUCGACGAGGAUACCUCAUCGGUCGAUUCCUUUGAUGCUCCUAAGCGUUCUGCAGGUGAAUUUGAGAAGGACCUUCUCUUUCAAGGCUACGGGAUGGAAGGUUCUCAGCUACCAGGACUUCCGGCCUCAUUUGACAUAACGGCGAAGCCUAAUAAGCCGAAACGAUCCCAGCCACGAAUACCCUAUACACCCAAGGAUCCGCUUCACCUAACCACCUUCAGCUCUACAAAGUUCGAGGAUGCACUUUCUUCUACUUUCAGUUCUCAGUACUCGGCUCCGUCCCUGAAGCAUAAGUCCCAGUCUAGGUCAUCUCGCUUGCAGGUACCAGAGUUUGAUUAUACUGAUUCUGAAGGUAAUGAUUAUUCAGAGCCUGAAAACGAGUCUGAAGAAGACUUGAAUUUCGAUAUUCCUUUUAAGCGCCCAAGUGAUCACCGAUACCACUCCUGUGGUAAUAUGCGGCAGUACGAAACUACUGCCCAACUAUUCGAGGAUGAUGACUUAGAUUUACCCGACAUGGCCAUAGUCGCGCGGCUUCAAAGGGAGGCCAAGUCAAAACAGCGUGCAAGCAGCGCCUCAUUGCGGAAGACCAAGGAAAAGGGGAAAUCACCUGAUUUCUGCAUUCCUAGGAUCGAGUUCGACGACCAGUCUAGUUACGCGAAUACUAAGUUAUGAAAUUGCGAGUGCCUAAAACUAAGGGUUUAACUAUAAACCUUGCGGGGAAAGCAUAUUUACAAUGCCCCCUUUUCAUCCAUCAUCACCACGGAGGUCUCGAGGCAGCAGCAUACCUCCCCUCAUUAUGCAUAUGAUUAUAAUGAUAUUUAUCAUGAUUUAGAACAGUUUGGCGCACGGCGAUGAGUUGGCACUGAUGCCCGGCGAGGCUCGCGCUUAUUUUAUACCCCCAGUGCCGUAGGUUAGGUAGGAUAGGUCUUACUAAUAGUCGGCCUCAAUAGGGAGUUGUGUUUACAUGGUUGUCACAGUUAAGGUGGGAUUCGAUUGCAAUAACCUAGGUUGGGUAGUCACGGGGAAUUCCUGUUUGGCUAAAG